AAGGGUAAAGGUGCAGGCAGUUUGGGGCAUGUGGCUAGUCUUCCGCCUGCUCUACACGAGGGGCCUGCGGUGGUAGUCAUGCCCGUGGGAUAGAGGUGGUUGCUUCCCGCGUCCCCUUCCCGCACGCGCGCGGCGAGAGCAUGGCGAGAGCUGAGCGAGAGCAGAAAGAGCUGCUGGCUCUGAUGCACCAGCAGUUGGUCCAGAUGGGUUAUAAGAGAGCCGCCGAGGAGUUGCUGGAGCAGAGCGGCCAGACGUCUUUCCCAUCAACUCAUAUUUCUCUGAGAGAGAUCAUCACUCAGUGGAAAAAGGAUUUCUCACAACUUCCGAAACAAAAGAGAGGCAUUCCAGCAAAGCUCAGAAUUCCUGACCCCAAGAGCAGUUCUGAGAGCUCAGAGGAGGAGGAGGAGGAAGCAGCACAAACCAUACAAACUCAUCUGAGUGUGAAUAACAGCACCAAGCCAACAAAGACGGUAACUAAAGAAGAGAGUAGUAGCAGCGAAGAUUCAGAUUCAUCUUCUGAAGAGGAAGAGGAAGCAGUUGCCAAAAAGACUGAGAAAAACCCUGUGGCUGGAAAAAAAACUGAAUCGUCCAAUCAGAAUACCAAUUCUGUCCCAGGAAAAGGGGUGACUGUUGCUGCUGCCCAAGCAAAAGGAGAGCAGAACAAAGCUGCUUCAAAUAAGGCCCUGCCUCCAGCUGCGAGAAAAGCAGGGGCAAAUAAAGGCCUUUCUAGUAAAGCAGGACCUCCUUCGCAGUCACUGAUUUCAGGAGGACAAAAAACAACACAGACCACAAAGACAGCAGAGUCCUCUGAAAGCAGCAGCAAUAGCAGCUCAUCGGAGAGUGAGGAAGAAACAACUUUGACCACAGCAAAAGCCCCACCUUCCAAACCAACUUUAAAGAAGGCGGUGAGCACAAACAAGGAUUCAAGUGAUGAUUCUGACUCUGAAGAUGAGACAAAAGCACCAACAGUCCAAAUUAAAGCAGCUGUGCAAAAAUCCCCAAUCAGUAGCUCACUGCUGAACAGGUUGCCAGUCACUCCUGGCUCUUGUGCAAGAAAUACAGUAAAGGUAACAGCAGCAAAGCCAGCCAGUGCAAAAUCUGGAAAUGCAAACAGAAGCCCAGAAUCAACAGAUACUUCAGAAACUACUGACUCAUCGGAUAACGAGACUAAAGCACCUGCUUCAGUAUCACAGUUAAAAUUAUCUCAAAAAAAUCCUCAGGCCUUCAAAACAACAGCAAAAAAUGCAGCAUCAAGCCCAUUAAAGAAGACAGUUUCUGCUUCUGUUCCUUCAAAAUCCACGCAGAAGGCCGCCACGACCAGCUUAUCAAAACCACCACCCCCUUCAAAAGACGUCCAGAGCUCAGACAGCAGUGACUCGUCAUCUGAGAGUGAUAGUGAGAUUCCGCCGCUUCCCAUAGGUCAGAAGGCCUUAAAAACAACCGAGAAAAACGCAGCAUCAAGUCCAUUAAAGAAGGCAGUUUCUGCUUCAAUUCCAUCAAAAUCCCCUCAGAAGACUCCCACGACCAGGUUAUCAAAGCCUCCUGCAAAAGAAGCCCAGAGCUCAGACAGCAGCGACUCAUCAUCUGAGAGUGACAGUGAGACUUUGCCGGUUCCCAUAAGUCAGAAGAGAUUGUCAACUCCACAGCCUUCUGUGAAGGCCAGACAAAACCAGGCCAAUCAGCCUGGGAUCUUACCCAAAGCUGUACCAGGUGUUUUGAAGGAGAAGGAAGCACAGAAUGAAAGCAGCACCUCGUCUGACAGUGAGGAUGAAACUGACCUUACACCAUGCAAACUGCCAGCUCCAUCUACCCCCAAAGCAACUCCCGCAGCUCAAAGUGUAUGUACAGUGAAGCCCCAGCCUCCAAAGGAAUCGCCUCAGAAAGCCCAGCGAAGCGACGAUAGUAGUGAAGAUUCAAGUGAUGACUCUGAUUCGGAGGAAGAUAGAGUGGCUGCUCAGAAACCAGCUCAGCCUCCUAUUCACCCUUUUUUUAAGCUGGUGGCUGGCAAAGCAGCCAGUCCUUCAGGAAAGCUUGUACAGACCAACUUAAAUACACCCAGUGCUGCUUCCACCAAACCCCAGGGAUCUGCCACAAAAGCAACAGGGAAGGAAGAACAAAUUCCCUCUCCAAAGGUUAAACCAAGCCAGGGACAGGCUCUGACUGCUACGCCCUCUGGAAUCACUAUACAUAAGGAGAGCUCCUCAGACAGUUCCUCAGACAGCAGUGAGGAAGAAGCAGAAGCUUCGACAACAGCCAAACCUCAGGCGAAGCCUGCCACCCAGCAGAAACAAGAGGCAAAAAAAGAGUCAGAGAGCUCAUCUGAGGAGUCCAGUGAUGAAGAACAAGAAGCUUCUCAGUCUCUUUUAACGGGGCUAUCUGGUCCUCACAAGAUCCAAGCAUCCACGGUGGUAGCAAAUCCUCUGCUCUCCAAACAGGGUUCUGUCGGUGCUCAAGCAAAGUCUCCUGGGAAGCCAGCGCCUCCUGACAGCACGUCAUCAACUGACAGUUCUUCAAGCGAUAGCGACACUGAGAAAACCGUCACACCGAAAAAAGAGGCCACCUUGUUGCCUUCUUCUGGAAAGGAAGCAGCAGCUGCUAAGGGAAAGGGGGCAGGGAAGCGGGGGCUGAAAAGCAGCAGCUCCAAGCCUCCCCCAGCAAAGAAAGCUGCAACAAAGGCUCAGAGCAGUGGCCAAGGCCAGGAGACAUCUGCUGUACAGUUGCCAGAGUCACUCUCCCCAUCGUUCAAAGCGCUCCUUGGGAACAAAGACCAGGACACGGAACAAGGUACCCCAGAAGGGGCCCAGGCUAACCCUGUGGCAAAGGCCAAGACAUCGAAAAAUGGGAAAAAAGAGAAGCCAUCCAAGAAACGGAAACUGGCAGAUGGGGACACUGGCUCUAAGGUUUCAAAGGGCAAGAAGCUUAAAAUGCAGAGUGCGGAAGAGACACCGUUAAAAAAGAAGAAGAAGAAAUCCAAGUCUUCAGACAGCAUCAAAUCAACAAAGAAAAAAGACAGCAAAGAAAAGAAGUCUGAUAAAAAGAAAAAGAAGAGCAAAAAUGUUGAGAGACUUGAUGCAGAUGGAUCACAGAAGAAAAAGAAGAAAAAGAAGAAAAUGGAUAACCUUCCAGAGGAAGCAUGAACAUUGGCUUUGUAAUUCAACAUGAAGAAUGGAAGUACAUUAAUUAGAAGAGAAUUAUUCCUUUAUAUUUUUAAACAACAGAACCAAAUGUCAGAGAUUGAAUUUAAUUUAUAACUAUUUUUACUGAUGACUUUUAAAGCUGAGAAACUGUGAUUCAAGUGACCUGGAUCUGGGCUUGGUAGAAGAAUACAACUUGUAUCAUUAAGUGAAAGGAUCUGGAUGUCUGAAGAGAUCUCUCAGAAGAGUCAUGUGCAGAGAAAAAAGUUGGCUUUGUUUACUGAAAGAUUUUUAAAUUGCUGUUUCUCUUUCCUUUUUUCCUUUUCCUUGACACUUAAGAGUUAUAUUUUUAAAGAAACACCAUAUCCCCUCACUCCUGCUACUUUUUUUUUUUAAAUCAACUUUUUAUUUUCAUUUUUAAGAAGGGACAUCUUUUGUCUUUCAUUAUGUCCAGCAUGUAGUAAAUUGUAUUGUCUCUGGAUUGGCUUUCUGUCUCAUCCUUCCUCUUUUUAUUAAUAAAAAGAUAAAAGAUUUUGACUGGAAAAA